UCUUUACACGAUUUCUAAUGCAACAAGGUAUCGCCACGGUAACAGGGUUUUUGGAGUAUUGGAUUGGUGAUAUGAUCCCACUACCGAACUGUAUGGCGGCACACACCGCUAUUGGUCUAAUUCUAGUACCAUUGCUGUUCACUGCUGCUCUCUGCUCUAUAGCUGCUGGCUGCUUCUCUGAUAAAUAUGAGAAGAGAAAACCUAUUGUGAUGGGAGCAGCGUUAAUAAUGUCGGUUGUUGCUGUAUUAUUUGCUGCAAUACGUGGUCCUAAUUCAUUCUACGGUGUCAUUGUCAUCUCAUUGCUCUUUGGUAUUGGUUAUGGUUCCUUUGUGGCGGUGGAUUUUGCGUUAGUGUUGGAUGUACUCCCAGCGGAAAAAGACAAAGCCAAAGAUAUUGCCAUAUGGUCUGUGGCAUUUGUACUACCUCAGUUGAUAGCGACUCCCACUGGAGGAAUUCUACUUGAUGUGUUUGAAUAUGUUAAUUGUGAAAUCGGACUCGGCUAUAUCAUUCUUUUUUCUGUAACUUCUGUCUAUUUUAUGCUAAGUGCUCUCUUUGUAUCCCGUAUUAAGGGAGUAGAGUAAGCUGCAGUGUAAUUAUACAAGUUACCCCACCC